CGCUUUCCCGUCCGAGUACUCUCACUUAUACGGAGGCUGAUUCUACGCGGGCCGCAUUUCGUGAUCAACGACCUUCCCGCAUACCUCGACUUGAUCAACGGGCUCGAUGGCAUGCCUGGCCUCGAUGAUCGCAAGUUUCUCCUUGAGAAGGUCCUCACGUUCAUUUCCCGCGCGCCAGAGGACUCGGUUCUCGCUCGUCAGGCCGAAGGUCUCGCCAUACGGCUCUGUUGUAUCCCCAACGGAGCCGCAUCGCCUAUACCUGAAUCCACCCUCGAUAACCCUGUGGUGUACGCGUUCCGGAGUACGGACGGCUCAAACUACAACGUUCACAUGCCGACCAUGGGUAUGGCCGGUUGCCCUACGUCUCUUCCUUCAGCUGAACAAGUUUUUGACGAGCUAUUGAAGAGGGACGAGUUCACCGAACAUCCAGGCGGACUCUCGGGGCUAUUCUUCGCAUUCGCCAACCUCGUCGUCCAUACGGUCUUCGAUACAAACCACCAAAAUUGGAUGGUGAACGACGCCAGCAGUUAUUGCGAUCUCAGCCCGUUUGACAGCGUCAGGCGCAAGGACGGCACCGGUCGACUUUGGGAUGACGUGUUCGCCGACAAGCGGCUGUUGUUCAUGCCGCCAGCGACAUGCGCCCUGCUUGUCAUCUUCUGCCGCAAUCACAACUAUGUGGCCGGUCGCAUAUACAGCGAUAAUGAGUUCGGCACUUACAAGGAGCCCGUGAUGCUCGACGAGAAGGCGCGGGCGAUGCAGGACGACGAGCUGUUCCAUCGCGCGAGGCUCGUUAACAGUGCCUUCUUCGCGCAGGUCAUUCUAGGUGACUACGUCGGUGGCAUCCUUGGGCUUACGCGCGACGGGUACUCGUGGAGGCUCAACCCGCCUCAGGCCAUGCGCGAGAUUAGCCAUGCAUGGACUCCGCAGGGCGAGGGCAACGUCAUCUCUGUGGAGUUCAACCUCAUGUAUCGCUGGCACGCCACGAGUUCGAGAGAAGACACGAGCUGGAUGGAGAAUUUCUUCGACAAGAUUUACGAGGGGAAGCCAAACAAUGAGCGUACGAUAGAUGAUUUUAAGCGGGCUGCAAGAAACGUGAUGUCGAAGACGCCGAAGGACGUGAGGAAGAGGACGUUCAACGAGCUCGAACGUGGUCCUGAUGGCCGCUUCUCCGACAAGGACCUCGCGGAGCUCUUGUUCAGUGCGACAGAAGCACCCGCGGCAGCGUUCAAGGCGCGCGGUAUCCCGGACUCCCUGCGCAUCAUCGAGAUCAUGGGUAUCACGCAGGCAAGGAAGUGGGGGACGUGCUCACGGUACCUCGGGCUGCGGCCAUACAAGGACUUCGACGAAUGGAACCCGGAUCCGAAGAUCUAUGUGAGUGAUACCAUCUACAGAGGAUACUUGUCAUUGACAGGCGCCUACUCAGACGGCUGCGAAGAGGCUGUUGGUAUGCAAGCGGAGGAAGCCAAGGUUGCCAUGCCUGGUGCUGGUCUGUGCCCUGGCUUUACGAUCUCUCGAGCGAUCCUCGCAGAUGCCAUCGCGCUCACGCGCGGUGAUCGUUUCCUGACAAUCGAGUUCACGCCGUUCAACCUCACGUCCUGGGGAUUCAAGGACUGCAUGUACGACAAGACGGACGGGUCGAUGGGCGGGAUCAUCGGCAGGAUGCUCGCGCGGACGCUGCCUGGGUACUUCCCCGCCAAUUCGACGUACAGGCUGUUCCCGUUCAUCGUGCCGGAGACGAUGAAGGGGUACAUGCGCGCGCAGCCGGGUAAGAACGUCGAGGAUUACGAGUGGGAGAGGCCGAAGGGCCCUGUGUACAGCAAGAAGGCGGCCUUGAUGUUCGCGAAGACGAAGGCGAAGGCGAAUGGGGACGGGGCGGUGAAGACGCAGUGAAAUGUGGUAUGGAUGGGGCUUUCUGAAUCGAGACUCGAGGGGCUGGCGAGGAGGGACGGACGAUCGAGAAUUCCGUGUCUGUGCAAAGGGGAAAAGGGAUUAGAGGAGACUUGUAUUCAAGGUAUUUUUGGCUUGGUGUACCGCAGCCUCAGACUGGUGACUGGGACUGGUGACUGGAGCAUAGCUGAAGAAAAUCAUGCGUGGUUGAGGGAACCAUUUUGGGCGAUAUAUCGGCCUGAACGGGCGUAGUACCGGGACAGCUUGAGCAACGGAGAGCAGAGUAACGGUGUAGCUACUAGUAACCGAGGCGAACUUGGAUUCUACGUAAUACUACAUUAUUAGUACA